AUGAGCCUGCUGGGCAGCCUGGCCUCCUCGCCGCGAGACCCGCUGCAGUCCAGCAAGGCCAGGAUGAAAAAGCUCCCGAAGAAGAGCCAGAACGAGAAGUAUCGGCUUAAGUACCUGCGGCUGCGCAGAGCGGCCAAAGCCACGGUGUUUGAAAAUGCUGCUAUUUGUGAUGAAAUUGCUCGUCUUGAAGAGAAAUUUCUUAAAGCAAAAGAAGAGAGACGGUACUUGCUGAAGAAGCUCCUCCAGCUGCAGGCCCUAACUGAAGGGGACGUACAGGCUGCAGCUCCUUCCCACACCUCCAGUUUGCCCCUGACUUACAGUGUGGCCAGCUCUGUGGGAACCCUCCAGGGAGCUGGGCCGGUUUCUGGGCCAACCACUGGGGCUGAGGAACCAUUUGGGAAGAAAUCCAAGAAGGAGAAAAAAGAAAAAGGCAAAGAGAACAACAAACUGGAAGUUCUGAAGAAAACAUCCAAGAAAAAGAAAAUGGAGGCAGGUGCUCGCAAGCCGGUUCAGCCCAUUGCCCUGGACCCCUCAGGACGGCCUGUGUUCCCCAUCGGACUGGGGGGCCUAACAGUGUAUAGCCUGGGGGAGAUCAUCACCGACCGACCUGGCUUCCAUGACGAGACUGCCAUCUACCCCGUGGGCUACUGCAGCACUCGGGUCUAUGCCAGCAUGAGGAGUCCAGACCAGGAGUGCCUGUACACCUGUCAGAUAAAGGAUGGUGGCACGCAGCCUCAGUUUGAAAUUGUUCCUGAAGACGACCCCCAGAAUGCUAUCAUCAGCUCCUCCGCUGACGCCUGUCACGCUGAGCUGCUCAAGACCAUCAGUGCGGCUAUGGGGAAACUAAUACCCAACCUGCAUCCAUCUGGAGCUGACUUUUUUGGGUUUUCUCAUCCAACCAUCCACAACCUGAUCCAGAGUUGUCCAGGAGCUCGGAAAUGUGUCAAUUACCAGUGGGUGAAGUUUGACGUGUGCAAACCUGGAGACAGCCCGCCACCACAAGAACAGCUAGAGAAUGACAUAGGUACAAGCUUUGAAGCCUUUCAGAGACAUAGCUUCGAUGAAGAUCAUAGUGAUCCCAUUCUACAAGGAUCCUUGGACCUCCCGGAGCUUCAGCCCACAGCCUUUGUGUCUUCUUACCAACCCAUGUUUCUGACCCAUGAACCGUUGGUAGAUGCUCACCUACAGCACCUGAAGUCUCCGUCGCCAUGUAGCCCAUCUCAGUCUUCCGACUGA